UCUCUCUCUCUCUCUCUCUCUCUGGUUAACUCCAUCGACCAUGGGUCGUCCUGACUCGGAGGCGCCGACGUCGAGCAUCGCCGCGGGGCUGGCUGUUCACCGCGACCACGCCCACGCCCACGGAAGAGGCGGAGGCGCGGCGCCGCCAGCGGCGCCAGACUCGCCCUUCGACACCAACGUGGUGAUCAUCCUGGCGGCGCUCUUCUUCGCGCUGCUCUUCGCCAUCGGGCUCAACUCGCUGGCGCGGUGCGCGCUCCGGUAUGUGGGCCGUGGUGCCGCUGCCGCCGCCGGCGCCGCCGGCGAGGGAGGUGCGACGGCGCGGGGUGGGAGCCGUGGAGGCAGCGGCAUCAAGAGGCGCGUGCUGAGGAGCCUCCCCGUGGAAGUGUACGGCUCCGGAGAGGUCAUCGACGACGUGUGCGCCAUCUGCCUCGGCGAGUUCGUGGACGGCGAGAAGGUGCGCGUGCUGCCGCGGUGCGCGCACGGGUUCCACGUCCGGUGCGUCGACGCCUGGCUGGUGUCCCACGGCUCCUGCCCCACCUGCCGGCAGCCGGUGAUCGAGGGCGCGCCCGCGAAGGGCGGCAGCAGCGGCCGAAGCCAGCAGCCGGCAGGCACCGAAAUGAUCGCUGUGGUCAUCGUGUGAGUCCAUCGGGCACCGAAGCAUGCCACUGCCUUGCCUGCCGGCACAGCACAACAACAAGGAAGCAAAGCUCUGCAUGCCCAAGCUCAACAAGUGCCACCAUUUUCCGGCAACGAUUGCCAUGCUUGCCAGGCGCUGCUUGCUAGCGGAACGCACAGCAUGAUCGAAGUGCUGAAUUGCACAUGUAAAUAUUCGACGGCGCGGAACACUGUACUGGCAACCUGACAUACCAUGAGUAAAAAGUUUUGCUGGAUCAA